GCCAGCCGGCCUGCUUUGCCCCGCCUCCUUGUUUCGUAAGGGGGAGAACGUCGCCUCCGCUGGCCGAGCUGUUUUGGCUCCCGCCGAGACCCGUAGUCCCCGCAACUGGCUUUCCUGCGGGUGGGGCGUUCGCAGCUUUUCCUGAGAAAAUGUCCCUGCCGGAGAAGGCGGUGACGAUGGGCGACAUGCAGCAGCUGCUGAAGAAGAAGGACGAAGUCGAAGCCCAGAUCAAGGCGUAUUACGACGUCCUGCAGGAUCAAAAAGGGGUGGGCAUGAGCGAGCCGCUCGUGGACGCUGAAGGCUACCCUCGGGCGGACGUGGACAUCUAUCAAGUCCGGACAGCGAGACACAACAUUAUCUGUCUGCAGAACGAUCACAAAGCCUUGAUGCAACAGGUGGAGCAGGGUCUGCAUCAGCUGCACGCCCGGGAGAAAGAGAAGCGCGACCGGGACGAAGCCGAGGCCCGAGCCGAAGCCCAGAGCCAGGCCUUGCCCCAGCCCUUCGCCCGAGUGAACGCUGUCACCCCUGGGUCCCCGGCCAGCUUCUCGGGUUUGCAAGUGGACGACGAGAUAGUUGAGUUUGGCUCCGUCAACAGCCGCAACUUCCAGUCGCUGCAGAAUAUCGCCACCGUGGUACAGCACAGCGAGGACAAACCCUUAAGCGUGACUGUGAUCCGAAGAGGGGAAAAAUUCCAUCUCGGGCUCACUCCAAAGCGCUGGAGUGGAAAAGGACUUCUGGGUUGCAAUAUUGUUCCUUUGCAAAGAUGACUUCUGGUGAUGAUUCGGCUCGUGGUGAUUUGGUGGCAUGCCAGUUUGAUGUUAGCAUCUACCUGAAGAAGCUGGAAUGUUGAAAAUGAAUUUGGAAGUUUGGGCUUUUACUGUGUUUCCUGCAGAUGCCAUUUGAAUAUUUUUUCUUAUUCCUAAAGGGUAUUUGGUACCUUUUAACGGGGGGGUAAAGACAGAAGAGAAGUGUGUGGCUUUAUUGUUGAAUUGAGCAACUCAGUUUUGUUGACUUCCUUCUGAUUCUUCCCUAUUUGGUUAGGGAGCUAGCCAAUAAAGAUUUAUGCUCUUC